AUGCGCAGCGUGGUGUUUACGUUGUUGAUCCUUACCUUAUUCAACGGUAUACAGUCUGCACAGAAUUCCGAGUCCAUUUGCCCUACAGUCAAUGUCGGGUAUGCGACAUAUCUCGGCAACCGGACAUACUCAAAUACGGUGGCGUACCUCGGGAUACCGUAUGCUGAACCUCCUGUAGGCGAUCUGCGCUUCCGUGUAACUGUUCCUCUGAACACUACGCGUGUGAGUGAAGAGGCCAACUUGAACGGGGAUGCAGUGAUCAACGCGACCUACUACCCUGACUUUUGCAUCCAAGGAACAACGGGUGCUGGGGAUGCAGGAGGUGCAGGAUCAGAGGACUGCCUAAACGUCAACAUCUACUCACCCUACGGUGCCCAAGAAGGUGACAACCUGCCUGUGCUGUUCUACAUCCAUGGCGGAGGUUAUAUCUUUGGGAACCCACGCAACUGGCCAUUUGAUAACUGGGUCUAUCAAAGUCCGAAUGUCAUUAUCGUGUCUGUUUAUUACCGUCUUGAUUCUUUUGGCUUCCUAGCCACUCCCGAAUUUGCCAACAGUACGUACGGCGACUUUAACGCGGGGUUCAAGGACCAGACCCAGGCACUCAAAUGGGUCAAAUCAUACAUCAGUAAAUUCGGCGGUGAUCCGACCAAGGUGACCAUCAACGGUCAGAGCGCCGGUAGUAGCUCCGUGGAGCUACACAUGAUUGCCAACGAGGGCGAACAGCUUUUUUCUGGCGCUAUUGCGCAGAGCGUCUUUAGGACGCCUCUUCCCACUCCUGAGCAACAGCAGGCAUGGUGUGGAACGGGCUCUGUGGCAGAGCAAAUGACAUGCCUCCGCGGUGCAAGCGUUAGCGCGCUUGCACGGGCACAAGAUGCCGCAGCUCAAGGAAAAUUUUCCGGGUUGUACAAUGUAUUUCGUCCUGUCUUGGACGGCGUACUGAUUACUGGAUACCCUACGUUAAAGUUCCAACGCGAUGAGUUUGCUCAUGUUCCACUUAUAGUUGGCGCAACCUCCAACGAGACUCUUUCUGGCGGGACGAACAUCUCUCUGGCACUUCAGGAAUUUUUCCCAUCACUGACAGACGCUGACAUUCAGGAAUUCCUGCUUCUAUAUCCAGUAGAUGAAUUUGAUUCUUUGAGUCAGCAACUCCAGGUGGCCACUGGUGAACCUGAAUUGAUAUGCGGUCGCCAGGCCAUGGGCGGCCCAUCUUCGCUAUAUUCCAAUACUUGGACUUAUCGGUACAAUACACCUAACCCGACGAGUGGUAGCGAUCUUGUCUCACAUGCUGCGGAGAACUGGAUGAUGUUUGAUGGCACUAACACCGGUUUCAAUGGCUCCACGACAUUUAUAUCACAGACACCCGCCGAACUCGCGUUUGCUUCCGAACUCAUUGCUUACUGGCUUUCCUUCGUGCGCGCUGGCAAUCCGAAUACUUACAAGCUGGACAAGUCUCCGGUGUGGGAGCAGUACACCGAGUCCAGCCCAAUGCGGAUGGUUCUGAUGCAGGACCCACAAAAUCUGACGAAUGUGAGUGGUAGCUAUAUGGAGAGACAGCCUGUUGCAGAGGCUGCCAGGUGUGCAUUUGCAAUUAGCAAGGUGAAAGCUUUUGAAAAUUAG